CUUUUCAACUCUUUCACCUUCAACCUUUUUAUCCAUCAUCAAAAAUGGCUCCCCCCAAGGCUGCUGAGAAGAAGCCCUCCACUGCCGGCAAGGCUCCUGUCGGUGGCAAGGCCCCCGCUGAGAAGAAGGAGGCUGGCAAGAAGACUGCCGCCGGCACUGGCGAGAAGAAGAAGCGCGGCAAGACGCGCAAGGAGACCUACUCCUCCUACAUCUACAAGGUCCUCAAGCAGGUUCACCCCGACACCGGUAUCUCCACCCGUGCUAUGUCGAUCCUGAACUCCUUCGUCAACGACAUCUUCGAGCGUGUUGCCACUGAGGCCUCCAAGCUGGCUGCUUACAACAAGAAGUCCACCAUCUCCUCCCGAGAGAUCCAGACUUCCGUUCGUCUCAUCCUUCCCGGUGAGCUGGCCAAGCACGCCGUUUCUGAGGGUACCAAGGCUGUCACCAAGUACUCUUCGUCCGCCAAAUAAGCAGGCUCUGGGUUUUUCGUUUCUUGCGGGAUUGCUUUUGUUUUUACUGCCUCCUGAUCUUUUUCUGGGCUCUGAGGCGGUCGGUUAUGGGUGUUUUGCGGGUUUUCUAAUGUGUCAUGGGAUGGUCUCGAUUUUCUUUUCCCCAAUGGGCGACUUUUUCUGAUGGUUACUGCUCGAUGCGCGCGGUGUAACAUAACUCGGGUCUGGGGCCGGUUACACGGUUUAACCUCCCCCCCUUACUAGAACGCGAAAUACCAAAUGCUUAAUCGCAUUCAAUAUCUUUUCUC